AUGUGGCCGGGCCGCGGCGGGCGGCGCUGGACGCUGGCGCUGGCUCUGGCGCUGGCUCUGGGCGGCCGCUGCCCCGCCGCCCCCAAUGCCUCGGCCGGGCCCCCGCGCUGCCGCCGCCCCGCGCCCUGCGAGCGGCUCCGCUUCGGCGCCUGCCUGGGCUCGGCGCUGCCCUACGCCGCCACCUCCACGCUGCUGGCCACCGACUCCGCCUCGCAGGAGGAGGCGCACGGGAAGCUGCUGCUCUGGUCCGGCCUGCGCAAUGCCCCGCGCUGCUGGGAUGUCAUCCAGCCCCUGCUCUGCGCCGUCUACAUGCCCAAGUGUGAAGAUGGGCAGGUGGAGCUGCCCAGCCAGACCCUGUGCCAGGCCACACGGGCACCCUGCACCAUCGUGGAGCGUGAGCGAGGCUGGCCCGACUUCCUCAAGUGCACCACAGACCGCUUCCCUGAGGGGUGCCCGAACGAGGUGCAGAACAUCAAAUUCAACAGCUCAGGGCAGUGCGAGGCACCGCUGGUGAGGACAGACAACCCCAAGAGCUGGUAUGAGGACGUGGAGGGCUGCGGCAUCCAGUGCCAGAACCCGCUGUUCACCGAGAAGGAGCACCGCGAGAUGCACGUCUACAUUGCCGCCUUCAGCUCCGUCACCAUCUUCUGCACCUUCUUCACCCUGGCCACGUUUGUUGCUGACUGGAGGAACUCCAACCGCUACCCUGCCGUCAUCCUGUUCUACGUCAAUGCCUGCUUCUUCGUGGGCAGCAUUGGUUGGCUGGCACAGUUCAUGGAUGGUGCCCGUGACGAGAUCGUGUGCCGGGCCGAUGGCACCAUGCGGCUGGGUGAGCCCACCUCCAAUGAGACGCUGUCCUGCGUUAUCAUCUUUGUCAUCGUGUACUACUCGCUGAUGUCGGGUGUCAUCUGGUUUGUCAUGCUCACCUACGCCUGGCACACAUCCUUCAAGGCCCUGGGCACCACCUACCAGCCGCUGCUGGGCAAGACCUCCUACUUCCACCUCAUCACCUGGUCCAUCCCCUUCGUGCUCACCGUGGCCAUCCUGGCCGUGGCGCAGGUGGACGGCGACUCUGUCAGUGGCAUCUGCUUCGUGGGCUACAAGAACUACCGCUACCGAGCAGGCUUUGUGCUGGCCCCCAUCGGGCUCGUGCUCAUCGUGGGGGGCUAUUUCCUCAUCCGGGGGGUCAUGACGCUCUUUUCCAUCAAGAGCAACCACCCCGGGCUGCUGAGCGAGAAGGCGGCCAGCAAAAUCAACGAGACCAUGCUGCGCCUGGGCAUCUUCGGCUUCUUGGCCUUUGGCUUUGUCUUCAUCACCUUUGGCUGCCACUUCUACGACUUUUUCAACCAAGCUGAGUGGGAGCGCAGCUUCCGGGAAUACGUGCUGUGUGAGGCCAACGUGACCAUCGCCACGCAGACCAACAAGCCCAUCCCAGAGUGUGAGAUCAAGAACCGGCCGAGCCUGCUGGUGGAGAAGAUCAACCUGUUCGCCAUGUUUGGCACCGGCGUCUCCAUGAGCACCUGGGUCUGGACCAAGGCCACCUUGCUCAUCUGGAAGCGCACCUGGUGCAGGCUGACGGGGCAGAGCGAUGACCAGCCCAAGAGGAUCAAGAAGAGCAAGAUGAUCGCCAAGGCCUUCUCCAAGCGCAAGGAGCUGCUGCGCGACCCGGGCCAGGAGCUGUCCUUCAGCAUGCACACCGUGUCCCACGAUGGCCCCGUGGCCGGGCUGGCGUUCAACAUCAACGAGCCAUCGGCCGACGUGUCCUCGGCGUGGGCCCAGCACGUCACCAAGAUGGUUGCCAGGAGAGGGGCCAUCCUGCCCCAGGACAUCUCUGUGACACCUGUGGCGACACCUGUGCCACCAGAAGAGAGGGCCAACCUGUGGGUGGUGGAGGCCGACGUGUCCCCGGAGCUGCAGAAGCGCAGCGGCCGCAAGAAGAAGCGGAGGAAGAAGAAGAAGAAGGAGGUGAACCCAGACCCUGAGCGCUGCCUGGGGGGCUCCACCGUCCCUCGCCUGCCCCACCUGCCCCCGCAGCCCUGCCUGGUGGCCUUUGCUCCCGAUGUCCUGCCCGAUGCCACCUUCGCCAGGGGGCCGUGGGAUGGGCAGAGCCGCAGAGCCAACGUCCUGCACGUGAUCAGCAACCCCUUCUGCCCCGAGAGUGGGGCCACCGACCAUGAGAGCCCCAGUACUGGGUGCUGGCAGCACAACGGGGGUCCCCUGUGGCCCCCCAAACCCGGCCCAGGGGUGCCCAGGACUCAGGGCCGCUGGGCAGGGCUGGCCCCCAUCCACUCCCGGACCAACCUGGUGGAUGCAGAGCUGCUGGAGCCCGACUCGGACUUCUGAUCCCAGCAGGAUGUGGGGUGACACCCCGAGGUGAUGGGGCCACCAGAACCCACCUGAGCCCACCGGGAUCCUUCCCAAAUAUUCCAUCAACCCAAGCACAUCCAGUUUCUCCCCUGGGAGGAUUAAUUUCCCAGAUGGUUUUGGGAUUCCCUCCAGCAUCACUGGGAGAGAGGAGCUGUCAGUGGAACAAUCCCCCACAGGGAUUUAAGGAUCACAGUUGGGGACAGCCCAGAUCAGGGUGGAUUUUGGGCAGCUUUGGAGUGCUGCCAGCCCUGGCUCUAGAGGCAGGUACAUAGAGGUACAUAGAGCUCACCCCCACUUUAAUUUUUUAAAAUUCCUGAAUUUUUAAUGUUUGUAUUGUGAUGGGGACGUGAAUCUUCUGCUCGGGGUGAGCCCAGUCAGGGGCAGCAGCAGCAGCAUCAUCGUCAUCCCUGGUGUGCACCCCUAUUUUGGGUUCACCCCACUCCCUUCAGAGACCCCAAAGUGCCUUCCAGCUUCCCAGAGAGCUGAGCCAGACCCAAAUCAGGAUUCGUGGCAUGGCAGCGCCAGGGAGAUGGGAUGAGAAACACCUUGGAAGCAAAAAAAAAAAAAAAAAAAAAAAAAAAAAAAAAAAAAACCUCGGGGGUGCUCGAGGUGAAUCAGGAUCAGCAACCCCCAGAGCAAAGCUUUUUAUUAUUUUUCUUAGGAAAAAAUACAAAAAUCAAGUCACAGCAAACCCAGAAGUCUUGGGGCAAGAGGGCUCCAGUCCCUGCAGUCCCUGCAGGUGUUUGGAUUUUUUGGAUUUUCACUGUUUUUAUUUUACUUAAGUCCUGGUAGGCUCCUGGCUUUUUUUUUUUUUUUUUAAUCUGCUAUCCCAGUGACUUUCACAGGUUCAUUUUUGCUGUGUAAAGGAAAAACUCUCCUGUAUCAGUAUUAAAUUUACAGAUUUUCAA